AUGUCGGUGAGUAAAGCCAGCCAAGCCCGGAAUAUUAUAAAUUUGUUUUCCAAAGCCAAAAUCCAAUGUCCACAUCAUCAGCAAAGUGUUGGACAUGAGGUUGUACGUCAUCAACAUGGCGAUGGGGGUAGGUUUUUAAAAACAUUUUUUUUUGAAACAUGGGUUACGAUAGGUAUACUGUAAAGCUUAUGAGGUGGCAAGGCUGAAUGGUAAAGUCAGGGGCAUGGUAAGGCUUAAAAUGUGGUAAGACCUAGGGCAUAUUAAGGGCUAGGGCGUGGGAAGGCCUAGGGCAUGGUAAGGCCUAGGGCGUAGUAAAGCUUAGGGCAUGGUAAAACCUAAGGCAUAGUAAGGCUUGCGAUAUAGUAAGGCCUAGGGCAGGGUAAUGUCUACGGCAUGGUAAAGCCUAAGCCAUAAUAAGGCGUAGGGCAUGAUAAAUCCAUUUUAAAAUUUUUUUUUAUUUUUGAAGCUUUCUUAAAAUUUAAAAUUUUCAGGUUGUGAAUACGCGUUUGAGAUGAUCAGUUCAACUCUUCGUUUCGGCUCCGGAGUGACUUCGGAAAUAGCUCACGAUGUUCGGAACAUGAAGGCCAAACGGCCAUUGGUCAUAACCGACAAAAAUGUGGCCAAAACUCGGGCUUUUGUGUGGGUUUUUCCAUUUUAAAUUUUAAAAAAUUUUUAAAGAUAACAUUCCAAAACAAAAAUUUUUAAAAUUACCUUUUUAAAAUAAAAAAAUUUUUAAAAUAAAAAAAUUAUAAUUUAAAAAAAAUUUUAAAAUGACAUUUCAAAAUGAAAAUUUUUUUUUAAAUUACAUUUUUAGAAAUAGAGAAAAUGUUUUAAAUAAAAACAUUUUAAAAAAUAAAUAAUAAAUUUUAAAUAAAAAAAAUUUUAAAAAAAAUUAAAUUAAAAAAAAUUAAAAUGACGUUUAAAAUUAAAAAAGAAUUUAAAAUAGAAACAAUUUUAAAUAAAAUUUUCACAAACAAAAAAAAAUUUAAAUUACUUUUUUCCAAAUUAAAAAAAAUUUAUGACAUUUUAAAAACUAAAAAAAACUUUAAAUUAAACUUUCAAAAUAAAAAAAAUUUAAAAAAAUUAAAAAAUCAUAUUUUCAAAAUUUUAAAAAAUUUUUUAGUGAAGUAGCCAGCUCUCUACAACGCAACAAUGUAGCCUACGAUGUGUUCGACGACGUCCUCUGUGAGCCUUCAGAUGCCUCAAUGCUGAAAGCCAUCAACUUUGCUCGGUCCCAGAAUUUCGACUGUUUCAUUGCCGUAGGGGGCGGUUCAGUAAUGGACACAACCAAAGCUGCUGCUCUAUUCGCUAGUAAUCCAAAUGCCGAGUUCUUGGACUACGUCCAGCCACCAUUUGGCAAGGGAAUCAUACCGGAAAAUGUGAUGAAACCACUCAUCGCUGUACCUACUACAGCUGGUACUGGCAGUGAAACGACUGGUAAGUCAAUCAAAAGAAGAUGUAGUUUUAGUCCAGGGCCCUAGCCCAGAGCCCUAGCCCAGACCCUAGCCUUAGACGCCCGGCCCGUUUUCACGUAAAACAAUUGGAGCCGAACCGGGCCUGAGCCAAAUUUAGAUCAGGCCAACGCUCAGGCCCGGCAAAUUCUUCAUGUUACCUUACCCUACCUUAGCCUACUCUACCCUACCCUACCUUAGCCUACUCUACCCUACCCUACCUUGGCCUACUCUACCCUACCCUACCUUAGCCUACCCUACCCUACCCUACCCUACCCUACCCUACCCUACCCUACCCCUACCCUACCCUACCCUACCCUACCCUACCCUACCCUACCCUACCCUACCCUACCCUACCCUACCCUACUCCCUACCCUACCCUACCCUACCCUACCCUACCCUACCCUACCCUACCCUACCCUACCCUACCCUACCCUACCCUACCCUACCCUACCCUACCCUACCCUACCCUACCCUACCCUACCCUACCCUACCCUACCCUACCCUACCCUACCCUACCCUACCCUACCCUACCCUACCCUACCCUACCCUACCCUACCCUACCCUACCCUACCCUACCCUACUCUACCCUACCCUACCCUACCCUACCCUACCCUACCCCUACCCUACUCUACCCUACUCUAUUCUACUCUACCCCUACCCUACCCUACCCUACCCUACCCUACCCUACCCUACCCUACUCUAUUCUACUCUACUCUACCCUACCCUACCCUACCCUACCCUACCCUACCCUACUCUACCCUACUCUAUUCUACUCUACUCUACCCUACUCUACCCUACCCUACCCUACCCUACCCUACCCCUACCCUACCCCUACCCUACUCUACCCUACCCUACCCUACCCUACCCUACCCUACCCUACCCUACUCUACCCUACUCUAUUCUACUCUACUCUACCCUACCCUACCCUACCCUACCCUACCCUACCCUACUCUACCCUACUCUAUUCUACUCUACUCUACCCUACCCUACCCUACCCUACCCUGCCCUACCCUGCCCUACUCUACCCUACCCAAAUCGUACUUUCGCUUUCUUCAAUGUUCUAUUGUAGCUUUACCGUAAGACCAUACCAAACAUAUGUUUUCAGCUGUAUCAAUCUUUGACCUGCCAGAAAGAGAAUGUAAAGCAGGUAUCAGACUUCGUGCAAUCAAACCGCUACUCGCCAUUAUCGACCCAUUGAAUGUGUUGAGUAUGCCGAGGAAUGUCGCCAUCUACUCCGGCUUCGACGUGCUGUGCCAUGCCCUCGAAUCCUACACUGCCAAGCCCUUUUACGAGCGACAACCACGCCCAGCCACCCCGAUGGAACGACCGGUAUAUCAGGGAAGCAACCCGAUCAGCGAUGUCUGGGUCCGAGAGGCCUUGAGGGUAAGGUGAACAUUAUUUUUUGAGGCAUGGGCGUGGGUAUAUAUAAGAGAAAUUAUAGUUUUAGGCAUGGGCGUGGGUAUAUACAAGAGAAAUUAUAGUUUUAGGCAUGGGCGUGGGUAUGGAUCGGUAUAUUUUAAGGCAUGGGCGGGCAUGGAUCGUUAUAUUUUUAGGCAUGGGCGUGGGUAUGGAUCGAUAUAUUUUGAGGCAUGGGCGUGGGUAUGGAUCGGUAUAUUUUAAGGCAUGGGCGGGCAUGGAUCGUUAUAUUUUUAGGCAUGGGCGUGGGUAUGGAUCGAUAUAUUUUGAGGCAUGGGCGGGCAUGGAUCGUUAUAUUUUAAGGCAUGGGCGUGGGUAUGGAUUGUUAUAUUUUGAGGCAUGGGCGUGGGUAUGGAUCGGUAUAUUUUAAGGCAUGUGCGGGCAUGGAUCGUUAUAUUUUAAGGCAUGGGCGUGGGUAUGGAUUGUUAUCGUUUGAGGCAUGGGCGUGGGUAUGGAUCGGUAUAUUUUAAGGCAUGGGCGGGCAUGGAUCGUUAUAUUUUAAGGCAUGGGCGUGGGUAUGGAUUGUUAUAUUUUGAGGCAUGGGCGUGGGUGUGGAUCUUUUGAUUUUUUAGAAUAAUUUUUUAUGCGGCGGGGUAAAAAAAUUUUUUGAAGGGUAAAAAUUUUUUGGGCGGGGUAAAUUUUUUUUUGAGGUGUGGUGUUUUUUAGAGCGAGAAUUAAUUUUACAAAAAAAAUAUUUUUAAAACAUGUAAAAAAUUCUUUUGGGCGGGGUAAAAAAAUUUUUUUUAAGUUAGUGCUGAUUUCAUAUUUUUUAAUUUCAGAUCAUUCGAAAAUACUUCCGUCGCUCGAUUUUCGACCCAGAAGACGUUGAAGCCAGGACGGAAAUGUUGAAGGCCUCGUCCUUUGCGGGUAUGGGAUUCGGAAACGCUGGUGUUCACUUGUGCCACGGCUUGUCCUAUCCGAUUAGUUCGCAGGUAAGGACCGGCAAGGCUUUGGGAUACGGUAGAGCGUAUUGUCUUGUAAGAUUGAGAAUAUUGUAGUGCUUAGAAUACAGUAGGGAUUAUUUUACAGUAGGGUAUGAUAAAUCUUAAUAUGGUAGGGUCUAGUGUUUAGGUUAAGGCAAGUAGGGUAGAGUACUGUAGUCUAAGGCAUGAUACUGUAAAGUAGGGUAGGGUAGAGUAAGGCCUAGAGUACGGUAGGGCAUAGGGUACGGUCGAGCCUAGGUUUACUAUAGGGUUGGGAAGUACGGUAGGGUUUGGCGUACGGUAGGAUGUAGGGUAUGGUAGGGCCUAUGGUUCGGCAGGGCCUAGGGUACAGCAGGGCCUAGGGUACGGCCAGGCCUAGGGUACGGCAGGGCCUAGGGUACGGCAGGGCCUAGGGUACGGCAGGGCCUAGGGUACGGCAGGGCCUAGGGUACGGCAGGGCCUAGGGUACGGCAGGGCCUAGGGUACGGCAGGGGUUAGAGUACGGUAGGGCAUAGGGUAAUAUUGCCAUUCCAAACCAAUAUUAUUGUAGGGAAAACGCUACACAGAUCCCCACUACGCCUCGAACCAUCCUCUGAUUCCUCACGGCCUAUCCGUAGUAACAACGGCGCCAGCCGAUUUCUUGUUCACCACCGAUGCCUAUCCAAAGCGUCAUUUGGAAGCGGCCCAGCUACUCGGAGCCGACCUGAAUGAUCACGCCUCGGCCGAUAUGACGGCCAAAAAGUUGGCAGAUGAGAUUCGCGGAUUCAUGAAAGACUUUGGAUGUCCAAAUGGAUUAAAGGUGGGGCGCAGGGCUUUCGAAUUGGUUUAACCCUCAACUUUUCAGUCUCUUGGCUUCGACCGUGCCGACGUGGACAAGCUGGCCGACCGUGCCACCGGCUCAUUGAAAAGGGUGGAAUCGCACCAAAAGACCCGGACACAGACGCUUUGGCCAAAAUCUACGAAGCCUCGCUGGAAUGCUACUAGGCUACCGUAA